AUGGAAGAAGUGGACAAAAUAGUGAUCCAACAGUUUGAAAUCGACGACGAGAUAACGGGUAUCAAAGACCUCGAAGUCUAUCAGAUCAUGUCAUGUGUUUGCCAUUGCAUUCAUCUGAUUGAUCCAAACAAUAGCAAUGAAUUAGGUGUCAAACAGAUCAACGAGUCGAUGAAUAUGUCCAUCAAAUACAAAAUGGCCACUCAUUUGGCAAACGUCUGCAAACAAGAGUUGGGCUAUAAGGCGGACAUCGGGUACCAGACAUUCCUCUACGGCAAUGAAUCCGAUAUAAGAAAA